ACCUCUUGUCCCCUCCAGACACCUUCUGCCUUCCUGGAGACUGGCCCAAGGAGGGGCCUGGGCAUAUAUAGGGAGCCACUGUGGGAGGAGCUAGCCACAGAGGCUUUGGAAAGAGGUGAGGAGGGGGCUCUGGGGGUCUGGAUGAGCAGGGGGGAACUGGGAAGCUCGGAGGUGCAGGGAGGCCAACGCUGAGCUCUGGCCAGUGACUGCCCUGCCUGAGCCUUGGUUCCCUCUUCUCUAAGGUGGCACACCAUCAGGGUUUGUGGGAGGAUUCUGAGCCUAGCAGAGAGCCGGGAGCAUCCCCUGGCAGCUGGGGUGUGGAGGGAGGGCGGUGGCUCCAGCUGGGGCUGCCCUCCAUGCCCGGCCUCUGCCUGGCCUUAUUCGGGCUCAUGUGUCCCAGGAAGACUAUGGCAUCCGCGGCAACAGAGGCAGAGAAGGGGUCUCCGGCCGUGGUGGGCCUGCUGGUGGUGGGCAACAUCAUUAUUCUGCUGUCGGGCCUGGCCCUGUUUGCCGAGACGGUGUGGGUGACAGCUGACCAGUACCGUGUGUACCCACUGAUGGGCGUCUCAGGCAAGGAUGAUGUCUUCGCCGGCGCCUGGAUCGCCAUCUUCUGCGGCUUCUCCUUCUUCGUGGUGGCCAGCUUUGGGGUGGGUGCAGCACUCUGCCGCCGCCGGUCCAUGAUCCUCACGUACCUGGUGCUCAUGCUCAUUGUCUACAUCUUCGAGUGCGCCUCCUGCAUCACGUCCUACACUCACCGCGACUAUAUGGUGUCCAACCCAUCCCUGAUUACCAAGCAGAUGCUGACCUUCUACAGUGCAGACACCGACCAGGGCCAGGAACUGACUCGUCUCUGGGACCGUGUCAUGAUUGAGCAAGAGUGCUGUGGCACAUCCGGUCCCAUGGACUGGGUGAACUUCACAUCAGCCUUCCGGGCGGCCACCCCGGAGGUGGUGUUCCCCUGGCCCCCACUGUGCUGUCGGCGGACUGGCAACUUUAUUCCCCUCAAUGAAGAAGGCUGCCGCCUGGGCCACACGGACUACCUGUUCACCAAGGGCUGCUUUGAGCACAUCGGCCAUGCCAUCGACAGCUACACAUGGGGGAUUUCAUGGUUUGGUUUUGCCAUCCUGAUGUGGACGCUCCCUGUGAUGCUCAUAGCCAUGUAUUUCUACACCACAUUGUGAGGAGCAAGAAGGGAAAAUCACGUGCACAUGCAGCCUCCUCCCGUUCCUGUUUCCUCUGGCUGAGGGCUUGAUGGCUGCCUCACCUCCCCCUUCCGACCUCUCUCAACCUUCCCCGCCUUCCACUCCCUCCAAAGACCUUUUACCAACUUUCUGAGCCCUGCUGAGACUUGGGGAUGCCCUGAAACCCUUGGACAUGUGUACAGGGACCCUUAGGACCCUUAGGGACCUCAUUUCACUUUGCUGAUUCCUGGCCCAUCUUUGAGCAUCAAUUUAAAGUUCUGUUCUCAGGGGACCUUUCCCGGAUCCCACUACCCCCAUCACCAAUGCCUCUCCUGUAGCUCCUCCUUCAUGGCAGUUGUUGCCAUUUUUGCUAAAUAGUUUGUGAUUGUUUAUACUCUGGUAGAUGGGAUUGCCAUGAGGGGAGGGACAAGCUCUGUCAUGGUUACUUUAUUGUCCUCAAUAUCACCCAGCAGAGGGAGGGGCAUCAAUAUUCAAUAAA